AUGAAGCUCAAAACCUCCCAAUCCUCUGUCAUUUUUUUGCUCCUUCCCUCCCUUGCUAUCACGGCUGCUGUUAGUGAUGCGCCGCUAAGCAAGGACACUGUCUCGACUACCGACAUCCUAGCGUCUGGCCGGGGAUUGGGCACCAAAGAUGCCCCAAUCGAUGGAAAAGACGGGAGGCCGCAUGCCGGUCCAUUUGUUGAACUCAAUGUUCCGAGUUCUAAAGCCGACGAACUUCCCCCCUUACCCUCGCGACCUGCCGAUCCCACCAUUGUGGAUGGAAAGAAGAUACCUGAUAUUCACGAUGGUGUAAUGGUUGAUAAGGCCCACGCUGGCCCGAAAAAGGGGACUACUGGACUUGAAGGCGGUGUCACGGAGAAGUCCAGGGAAAAAAUAUUGAGAGAACAGCAGGGCGAGAUCGUCGAGAACAAACCACAAACUCCCAAAGAGGCUCCUCCUUUGGAGCAUUCAGAUCAUGAAAAGAUAGCUGGAGGAAAGGGAAGCAAAACCACUGAUAAAUCGUCAGAGAGGACAGUUGAAGAUGUACUGGGGCUUGAGAAACCAGCCGAUCUUCCAGAAAAGACUCACGAUAAAUCCCUCCCUGUCCCCGAAUCUGUUGCAGAUAUCGAUCAUCUCGCAGUCUCGGAUACUGUAAAGUCUGGAAGUCCACUCCUUGAUAAUGGCGAAAACGAAGGUCUCAUCCGACCUUUCCAUUCCUUCAUCCUGUCCCUUACGAUGAUCAUCUUCUCGGAAGUCGGCGACAAGACAUUCCUUGUUGCUGCUCUGAUGGCCAUGAAGCACGACCGUUUGGUGGUCUUCUCUGGCGCAUUAGGCGCUCUCGUCACCAUGACCGUCCUUUCAGCUGUCUUGGGACAUGCUGUGCCCACCCUGAUCUCAAAGCGGCUCACUAAUUUCCUUGCUGCUGGUUUGUUCUUGGUCUUUGGCGCCCGCCUACUCCGCGAGGGACUGGCGAUGAGCCCUGACGAGGGCGUGUCCGCCGAGAUGCAAGAGGUUGAGAUGGAGCUGGAAGAGAAGGAAAACCUUGCUAGGAAGAAGUCGGAUGUCUCACCUUAUGCUCUGGAAAUGGGUUUGGGCAACCGUAAGUCGCGGUCGAAGUCUCGGUUCCCUGCCCCGGCACGGAGCCCGUCCAGCUCGCCCGAAGGUCGGAGCUCGUCUCCUCGUCCUAGUGUUCUCGCCAACUUUCUUUCUGGACUUAACAACCUCCUUUCAUUCCUGUUGAGCCCUGCCUGGGUGCAGACAUUCGUGAUGACCUUCCUUGGAGAGUGGGGUGACCGCAGCCAGAUUGCGACCAUUGCUAUGGCAGCGGGCCAGGAUUACUGGUGGGUGACGCUCGGCGCGAUCAUGGGUCAUGCUUGCUGCACAGGCGUUGCCGUCAUUGGGGGGCGUGCCAUCGCCGGCAAAGUCAGCCUCAAAGUUGUCACUGUCGGCGGUGCCAUCGCUUUCCUCUUCUUUGGCGUCAUUUACCUCUUCGAGGCGUUCUACGCAUAA